AUGAAUUUUUUAUCCUCUAAUAAAAACAAUAUAAGAAGUACGAAAUCUGAAGUAAUAGCUAAGGUAAAGGUUGAUAAUAAAAGUAAUAAUAAUGAGAAUUAUAUAAAUGAGGAAGUUGGAAGUAUGAGAUAUAAUAAUUAUAACAUGAAUAGUAUGAAUCGUAAUAAUAGUAAUCAUAUGAAUAAUAAUGUGAAUAAUAAUGAUAAUGAUAUUGAUCAGCAUGUUAUGAAUAAGCAGCAUAUUAAUAAUAAUAACAAUUUAAAUUUUAUAAUUGAUGAUAAUAAUAUAAAUAAUCAUAAUGACAUUGAUAAGAGGUCUGAAAUAUAUUAUUCUAAUAAAGCUUAUGAUCCUGAAUAUUUAUAUAAUAGUAAUAAACUUUCAAAUAAUAUAAAAAUAACAAGAAAUCAUACGUCAACACAUAGAAUGAUAUCUCCACGUAGAGAAUCCAUAAAUAUAUUUUCAUCUAAAAUAAAUAGAACUUCUAAUAUAUAUAGAAAUUAUGAUGAUAAAUUAUCAUAUGCAUCAUUAUAUGCUUCAAAUAAUAAAAAAAAAAAUACUUUAGAUAAAAUAUCCAUUCCAGAAUCUAAUGAUAGUUUUAAAACACAAACAAAUUCACAAAUUGUUGAACAGUCUAUUGAAUUAUUAAAACAUUUAAUGAAUCAGGAUCGACGUAGUAUUUCUUCCGUACAUGAAAGUGAAAGGAAAAAUAAACUCAUGUAUAAAUUAAUUGAUAAUAUGAAAAGACAUGGAGAUAAAAACGAACAUUCUCAUAAUAAUAAUAAUAAUGAAGAGUAUAAUAACUCCAUAGAUUUGUAUAAAAAAAAAAUUGAUAUGUUAAAUUUAAAAUUCCUUAAGUUAAAAAAUGAAUAUACUCAUGCAAAUAAUGAAAAUAUUAUUCUAAAAAAACAAAUAAGAUGUAUGAAAGAUAAUUAUCAUAUAUUAAAUCAGAAAAGUUCAACUGUCUCUUUUUCUAGAGACCUUUCACAAACACGUCAACAGAAUGAACCUAAAGAUUAUCAUCAACAAGAUUUAGAUACAUCAAAUGAAUAUUCCAAGGUUAAAUAUAAUAAUGAUAUACAUGAUGUUAAAAUUAAUAAUAAAUCCAUGAGUCAUAAUCAUAAUAAUAUAUUAUCAUCAUCAUUAUCUUCUCCACUUUCUGGUAAUAAAAAAAAAAAUAUUCCUAAUGAAGAAAACAAUGAUUAUUAUUCACAAACGUUUAUAGACCCUUCAGAAAAUAACAAUAAUAAUAAUAUUAAUAUUAAUAAUAAUAGGAGAAAAACUUAUACAGCAUCUGUUCAUUUAAAUAGAGCAUCUAAUAAUACUUUUUUACCAACUAGUAAUAAAGUAGAUGAAAAUUAUAUAAAUAAAAUAAGGGAAGAAAUAAAAUUAGAAUUGACACAAGAAAUAACAAAUAAGUUAGAAAAAAAAUAUAAUGAACAAUUAUCUGAAUUAAAAAAAAAAAUGGAAAGUGAAGUAAAACUUUCAUCCUCCAAAGAAUUGAUUAAAAAUAAAGAUACUUCAGAAAAUACAUAUAUGUAUGAAAAAGGAAAAAAGGAAAUGAAAAAUUCUAUUGAUAAUCUUUUUAAUAAUGUACAAAAAGAAGUAGAGGAACAAAUUAAUGAUAUAAUAAAUGAUUAUAAAAAUAAAUUUACAGAUACUUUUAAACAGUUUUUAAAUAAUAACAAUCAUCAGAAAGAGAAUGACCAACAAGAACAUCUUCCUAAUGAUGAAAAUGGAAAAGAGGAAGACAAAAUAAUUCCUGAUGAAUUAUUUAAUGAUAAAAUUAAUGAAUGCUUAAAUUUGCUUGAUAAAAUUGCUCAAGGAAAUAAAGAAAAGGAUAUAAAAAAAGCCGAAGAAAACAAAAAUGAAACAAUAAAUAUAAUUAAUUCUUUGAAUACAAUUAAUGAAGAUAUGAAUAAUAUAGAUGAUUUAAUAUAUAAUAUUAAUUCAACUAUUAAUGAAAAUAAUAUUUUAAACAAUGAAGAGGAUGAUUAUCUAGAAGAUUUAAAUAUUUUAAAAAAAAGGCGUUCCAAGAGUAUAGAAUCUGUCGGAUCAGAAAAUUUUGAAGAAUGGAAAAAAAAGCAAGAAUUAUAUUCAACCAACAAUAUAAAAGAACAUAAAUUAUGUUUUCAAGUUAUAGAAACAAACGAAGAAGAAUAUGCACAUGAACUAUCUGCUAAUGAUUUAAAAAAUGUGACUGAUAAUGUGCAUAAUAAUGAUAAUAAUUUUAAUGACGAUUAUAAUAAAGAUUCGACUUAUAAUAAUGAUCAAUUAAUUAAUUCAUUUAUAGAUGAAAAAAUACAAAAUGUGACAGAAAUGUUUAAGAUGGAUAACGUAGUAGAUGAUAAAAAAAAGUUCGAUGAGGAAACAAAUUAUGAUAUACAUAAAAAGAAUAAUAUAAAUGAAAAUGAAGAAUUAAACACUGAUGAAUUGAAUAUGAAAAUAUCUAUAAAUGGCGAAGAUAUGGAUAAAAUAUGGGAUGAUAAUAAAAUAAAUGGUGAUAAUAAAAUAUGUGAUGAUAAUAAAAUAUGUGAUGAUAAUAAAAUAUGUGAUGAUAAUAAAAUAUGUGAUGAUAAUAAAAUAUGUGAUGAUAAUAAAAUAUGUGAUGAUAAUAAAAUAAAUGGUGAUAAUAAAAUAUGUGAUGAUAAUAAAAUAUGGGAUGAUAACAAAAUAUGUGAUGAUAAUAAAAUAUGGGAUGAUAACAAAAUAUGUGAUGAUAAUAAAAUAUGUGAUGAUAAUAAAAUAUGGGAUGAUAACCAAAUAUAUGAUGAUAACAAAAUAUGUGAUGAUAAUAAAAUAUGGGAUGAUAAUAAAAUAUGGGAUGAUAAUAAAAUAUGUGAUGAUAACAAUAUAUGUGAUGAUAACAAUAUAUGUGAUGAUAACAAAAGACAUGAUGGUGAUAUAAUAAAUUAUAAUGAAGAGGAUUAUGGUUCCCCCAUUAGGGUAGAUGAAAAUAAUGAGAAUGAAAAAGACAAAAAGAAAAGUAAAUGGAAAAGUUUAUUUUCAAGUAAAAAAACAAAGAAGAAAAAUUUAAGCGAUAAUUUUGGUAAUGAUACAGAAUUAUGGGCAAAAAGUGAAAAUUAUGAUAAUAAUAAUAAUAAUAAUGUUAAUUAUUUUAAUAAUGAUAUUAUUGAUAAUAUUAAUAUUGAUAAUUCGUAUAAUAUUAAUAAUAAUUAUAACAGCGAUUAUAAAAAUAAUCUUUUUAAUAAUAUGAAUAAUGUAUCAACAAAUAUACAUAUUGAAAAAGGUGAAAUGAACUUAAUUAGAAAUGAUAUAAAUAAUAAUGAAGAUGCAGAAAAAGAUAAAGUUAAUUAUGAAUAUUCAAAUAAUGUUUUUAAAAAUUGUAAAGAUAAAUUAUCAACUGAUAUUCAUAAUAAAACGACCCCACUUGAAUUUAAUUAUAAUGGGAAUAAUUAUUAUAAUGACAAUAAGAAUACACAAAAUAAUAUUAAUAAAUAUAAUAAUGUUAAUUCAAAUAUAAAUACAUUUAAUAAUACAUAUAAUAAUACAUAUAAUAAUUCAUAUAAUAAUAAUAAUAAUAGUCCUUUUGGUUAUGAAAAUAAUAAUGAAAGGACAGAACAAAAUUUUAUAAAUUCUUCUAUUUAUUCAUAUAAUACAAAUAUGAAUAAUCAAGAAGGAUACAAUGACGUUUCUUCUUCUACUGCAAUAUAUAAUAACAUAAAUAAUAUGAAUGUUCAUAUGAAAAGAAAUAAUUCAGUACAUAUAAAUAAUCAGGUUGUGUUUAAUGAAUAUGAACAAAUGAAUGUAGAAAAUGUAAAUUUCAAUUCACAAAAUGUAGAAAAUAAUUUGAACAUAUAUAAUAAUAAUAAUAAUAAUAGAAGUUAUACAAAUUAUACAAAUUAUACCAAUAAUAUGAAUGAUGAAAAAAAUAAUCAGUAUAAUUUAUUUUACAAUAUUAAUAAUGGAGACAACAACAACAAUAAUAAUAAUAUUAAUUACAAUAAUAAUAAUUACAAUAAUAAUAGUAUCAAUUUUCAAAAUGAAUAUAAUCAUAUACGCUUUGAUGAUAAUUCAUCUUCACAUAUAACACAACACCCAUAUAGUAAAACCUCAAAUAUUAUGAGAAUAAAUACAACGGCAUUAAAUACAAGUAAAAAUUAUACAAGCGAUUUAUAUCAAACAAAUAAAAGUAGAUUAUCAACAAAAAGUGAAAUACACUAUAAUUCAUUGAAAUCUCAAAAAAAGAAAAACCUUGAAGACCUUUUUUCUUAA